AAGGGCAUAGCAAAGGAGAUAAAAGAGAUAAAAGGUGGAUGUCAAUCAAAAGCAUAUCAACCUGCUGAUGUCCACAAAAAUACCAUCAACUUCCGAAGUGCUCCCUCUAACAAAGCUAUUCAGCAACCACCACCACCCAAGCCUAAAUAUAAAGAGGUCAAGAACUACAGUGAGGCAUAUCGCAAUGACGAAUGA